AUGUUUGGUUUCCGAAAGCACCUGAGCACGCAGGACGUGCUCAUACAGAUCAAAGAAGAAGUCAUGAAACAGGCCACGAGGCAUUCGCCACGCGCCAUAUUGGCGCUUGACCUCAAGGGAGCGUUUGACAACGUCUCCCAGGUUAGCAUCCUGACCAACCUCCAGAGCACUGGCUGUGGAGAACGGGCCGGCGCCAUCACUGGCAGGGACGCCAGACUGUUCCGAAUACCAGGAGCCUGCCGCAGUGCCUUAGAACUGCUUCCUGCCUGCGGUGACGUGGCUGGGCCUGGCCGCCGACUCCUGACGCGGCUAAACAUCCUGGAGAUGGAGGCGUACAGCUUCCUGCAGUUUGCCGCGAAACAGUUUAAGGACGACCUUAAGAUGCUCGAGAGGGCCGCCUAUGUCGCCCACCACGUAUUGCUGAUGCCUUCACUGCACGACUCACGCAAGCAGAAGAAUGCAGGUGCCCUCUGCUGGAUGGAGACGGAAGCGGGAGAGUUGAACAAGUUCCUGAAUCCCUUCGGCGUGGUGCUUUACGAAAUGCGCGAAGGCAGCCUGGACUUCACAAUGACCCAUAACGAUCCCGUGACUCCCUGCGACCCCAAAGCUGUGGUUCUCUUCUUGGCUACAUGCUGGCUUCUGCGCGAGCACCGCUGUUUCUCCGGCAUCAGUCUGAACGUGUCAGUGGUGGAGCGCUUUCGCCCGGGGCAGUUCCAGCAGCACAUCACGUUCGCCAAGCAGUUCGUCACGUUCCACCUGAUCGACGUCGAGGGAAUCGAGCUCUCGUUCACAAUGUGCCCCCUGGUUCUGGCGCUCGACCAAACGGAGCUGUUGGCACACGUCACCCUCGACAGGAUCCUGGACCUGGAGGCAUACAGAUUCCUGCACUUUGCCGAAAACCAGCUCAAGGACGAACCCGAGUUUCUCGACAGGGCUGCCGAUGUCGCCCGCGAUGUAUUGGAGAUGCCUUCACUGCUCGACUCAUGCACACAGCAAAACGAAGGAGGUGCCCGCUGCUGGAUGGUGACUGAAGCGGAAGAGCUGAACAAGUUCCUGAAGCCAUUCGGCGUGGAAUUCAACGAACUGCGCGAAGGCAGCCUGGACCUCAUAAUGACCCAUAAUGAUCCCGUGGCUCCCUACGACCUCAAAGCUGUGCUUCUAUGCUUGGCUACAUUGUGGUUUCUGCACGAGCGCCGCUGUUUCUCCGGCGUCAGCCUAAACGUGUUAAUGCUGGAUCGCUUUCGCCCGGGGCAGUUCCUGCAGCACAUCACGGUCGCCAAGUGGGUCGUCCCGGUCCACCUGAUCGGCUUCGAGGAGCUCCGGUUCAGAAUGUUCUCCAUGCUUCGGGUACUCGACCAAACGGAGCUGUUGACGCACCUCACCCUCGACAGGGUCGUCCUGCACACGGCUGUCAUGGAGGUGGACAGUCCAGCCGCUAUCAAUGCUCCAGGAAGUGCGGCAGAGGUGUUGUCGGACGAAGGCGCCUCCAGCGUCUCGACUAGUGGAGCUCGCAAGACCUGCCACUCGACAGAAAGCACGGGCUUUAACCGCACGGACAUGAAACGUGCCGUGCUCGUGGCCAUGCUGUGCGCAGCGUUCGCGGUCAUCGUGUUGCGCCUUGCGCGGCUGGUCACGAUGCACAGGUGGGAUGGCGUCGCCUUCGCACCAUCUACCUGGCUCAAGGAGUGA